UUAUAAAUAAUAAAUAUUCUUUAAGGGGUUCACUUACCUUCAGAAAGAAAUACAACAGAUUAGAAAGAGACAAACAGCAAUUUGAUGAAUAUGAAAGCACAGAGACGGACUUAUCAAGAUCUAUCCAACUUGAAAAGCACUAAGCAGAAGAACAAGCUGAUUAGUAUGAAAGCGACUAAGAAGGAAAUGCAACUCCUUCAUGAUCCAAGUAUUAUUAAUAAAGACAUGAAGCAAUGUUCCUCGAUCCAGGACCUCAAAGCCCCUUUGAAAGCCAAGCAAAGUAAUUUUGAGAAAAGAACUCAGGCUUCUUCUACGAGUGGUCAAAAUUCUUUACACGGGUCACCAGUUAUUAAGGCUAUCGAAAUAGAUGCUGAUCAAAGUCUAGAUCCGAUCUUUGAGAUGCCUUCUAGCUCAGUGAAGAAAGCUAGUACUGCUCUACUUGGUUCUACGAAGAAAUACAGGUCGAACUUCUGUAUGUCUUCAUUUAAGGCAGCUCCUAAGGCUAGUGAGCUGCCUGGAUUACCUUUCUAGAUACGAAAUUACUCCAUCCAUUCAUGUUUCAAUAUG